AUGGAUAUGUUGGGAGAAACUGAAAAUGUAACUGAAAGUGUUGAUCAAAAAACAGGAGAAAUUGCCGAUGUUAAACAUUGUUUGGACGAAAAAACUGAGAUCCGGUUAACUAAUGAAGAAUUGGCCGAAUCUGCGAUGGAAGAGGUUGAACAAAAGUUGGACGUUAGUGAGGAAGGUGCAACAUUCCGGAAGUACAGCUUACGUAAAGUCAAGCCCGUAAUCAAACCUUUUCAACACUACAUCAAAAUGAAGAACCAAAAUAUUAAGUGUGAGUUUGAAGAUCAGUAUGUGUGUGGUGUGUGCUCCAAGAUAUGUCCAUCAUCAUCAUCUUACAACACACACAUGAAGCAUCAUUCAGUUAUUACUGAGUAUAUCUGCUCACAAUGUGAUGACACCUUCAAAACUAACAGACAAUUGUGUGACCACAAAGCCCAGUAUCACAAGGAUGGCUGUUUCUCAUGCGGUAAAUGCCAACUCGCAUUCUCCGAUCAUUACACAUACCUGCUCCAUACAUUCAAACACGUCAGAGCACCAUACAUUUGCCCCGAAUGCCGGACAUCUCUGACCAGUUAUCAAUCUCUGGCCGCCCAUUUGAAGAUUCACUUCAAUGAGUUAGUAGAAUGCCACAUAUGUCAUAAGAAGGUCGGCCGGAUGGGAUUUGCCUCUCAUAUAAAAGAUCACAAAGGAGGUAUAGUGUGUGUGGAGUGCGGAAAGGUGUGUAACAAUAAGAACAACUACGAUUAUCAUUUAAUUUCUCACACCGGAGUCAAGCCGUACCAAUGUCUGUACUGCGGCAAGGGGUUCUCGAAUGCCCAGCAAAGGAAGAUCCAUACCGCCGUCCAUACUAAUAUAAGACGUUAUAAAUGCGACAUCUGUCAUCAGCAGUUCAAACAAUACACAGAUAUGUUUCGCCACAAACAGGGACACGAUGGAGUGAGGUUUAUUUGUGACUACUGCGGGAAGAAGUUUAAACAGAAGCUGUCUUUAACCUACCACAUACGGCUACACACAAACUACAGGCCCUACAAAUGUCCUGACUGUCAAUUAUCAUUCACUACUCUCACUAGUCUCAAAUCACACGUGCAGUGGACUCAUGUGUCCAAAACAAAGUUCAAGUGCCUUUCAUGUAAUGUAGGUUUCCGAGUUCAUUAUCAAUACUUGAGGCAUUUGAGAUGUAACCGACAUCUACGGAAUACAUUCAAUGCAAAGGAAAAAUGA